AUGAAUCCCACUUAUGACUUAUUAGGAAUGAUAGGACAAGUGGAAUAGUAAAUAGUAUAGCUAGUAAAGAUCAAACCUUAAGAAUCAUAACAAGUUCCAAGUUAAAAAAUUGAAGAUCAACCAUUGUUUGAGAGCGUUUAAGAAUAAUGCGAAAGGAAUUCUGUUUACUCUUCACAAAGAACUCGCUCUGAUAACAGUUCAUAAAUACUGUUACAUCAAUUACAAACCAAUUUAGAAGUAAUUAAAAAAGGAAUCAAUGAAUUAUUAGUUUAUAAUAAAAAUACCUAUUAUGACUAAUUGAGAAACCAUUUAAAUACGAAAGAAGGGAAGAUUAAAUGUUUUGUGAGAAGUGAAAACACUUAUGAUUCAGACUAAAAUAAAGGAAUCUAAAAAAAUAUUAAAUUAGAAGUACAAGGGGCAGAAGCCUCUAUUAAGAACUAUAAAAAUCAGAUGGAUAUAUUGACUAAUGAGUUGAAAUCAAUAUUAUCAAGUAAAAUAGAUUUACAAAAGAGAUAGAGAAUCUAACAUAUAGAAUAAUAAUAUGAAGAAUUAAGAAAGAAUUUAUACUUUCUUCGAUAACUGUAAGAUAACAUUAUGCAGUUAGUAUAGUGUGAUGCUUCCUUUGAAGAUACAUUAAAAUAAUGCAAAGCGAGAUGGGAAAGAAAAAAUUGA